AAGUCUAAACCCUGUGGUCAGUGACAGUCGUUUCGUUUCUUCAUCCAUUUCCUCUUCGAUGGCUUCGUUCGCUUUCACGGCGGAGCUAACCUCCACCGUCUUCGGCGCCGCUUAUCGGAACCCUAAACCCUUCAUUCCACUCCGAACCACCCUUCUCCCUCUUCUACGCGCCACCACCACCAAAACCAAAACCAUAACCAUAACCCACUCAUUUUCCCCAACACUCGCUCGCAGAGGUUUCGCCGUCGCCGCUUCCACCUCAGCGCCGCCUCACUCUGAAUCUUCCGACGUUUCCACCGCUAUUCCCCCCGAUAAUCGCAUCCCUGCUACCAUCAUCACCGGCUUUCUCGGCUCCGGCAAGACAACGCUGCUGAACCAUAUUCUCACUGCCGAGCAUGGAAAGCGAAUUGCGGUCAUCGAGAAUGAGUUUGGUGAAAUCGACAUUGAUGGUUCUCUAGUAGCUGCCAAAACUGCUGGUGCUGAAGAUAUCAUGAUGUUGAACAAUGGCUGCCUUUGCUGCACUGUCAGGGGUGAUCUUGUUAGGAUGAUUGCGGAAUUGGUCACUGCCAAGAAAGGAAAAUUUGACCAUAUUGUUAUAGAGACUACAGGUUUGGCGAAUCCAGCGCCAAUAAUCCAGACCUUUUAUGCAGAAGAUCAGAUUUUUAAUGAUGUUAAGUUGGAUGGUGUUGUGACUUUGGUUGAUGCGAAACAUGCUCGUCUUCAUCUGGAUGAGGUUAAGCCAAAAGGUGUGGUCAAUGAGGCUGUGGAACAGAUUGCAUAUGCGGAUCGUAUAAUUGUUAAUAAGACUGACCUUGUUGAUGAAUCAGACAUUACUUCUUUGGUCCAGCGGAUAAGGAAAAUAAAUGGCUUGGCCAAUUUAAAGCGGACAGAGUUUGGAAAAGUCAACUUGGAUUAUGUUCUUGGCAUUGGGGGCUUUGAUUUGGAGAGGAUUGAGAGUGCUGUUAGUGGUGAAGGUGCAAAGGAAGAUCAUGUCCAUAGCCAUGAUCAUGAACACCAUGACCAUGAUCAUCACCACCAUCAUCAUGAGGAUUCACUUGACCACAAGCAUGAUCACCAUGAUCACCACUCUCAUGAUCACACUCACGAUCCUGGUGUUUCAUCUGUCAGCAUAGUUUGUGAAGGAAGCUUAGACCUUGAGAAGGCUAACUUUUGGCUUGGUACCUUGUUGAUGGAACGGAGUGAAGAUAUUUAUAGGAUGAAAGGUCUUCUAUCUGUUCAAGGAAUGGAUGAGAGAUUUGUCUUUCAGGGAGUUCAUGACAUCUUUCAAGGAUCACCUGAAAGGUUGUGGGGGCCAGAUGAACCAAGGACAAACAAAAUUGUUUUUAUAGGGAAAAACUUGGAUGCUGAGGAACUGGAAAAGGGGUUCAGGGCCUGUUUACUGUGAUACCAGAAAGUUCAAUAUGCGUUUUUUUUUGCUCUCUAUUUCGGCUGAUGAUGCAAGCUGAAGAUUUGAGUGUUUGUAUACCAUGGAGAACUCUGAACUGGCUUACCGUAUAAAUAGGAAAAAGUGUUCCAUUCCUUACUACUUUUCUAUUACCGAUUAUAAAGUAUACCCAAGAAAUUACUGAUUAUAAAAAAUUAAAUUAAAAUUCAAACCUUGGAGGUA